AUGAGUAGUGCAAUAAAUGAGUUAUGGAAAAGGUUUAGGUCACUAGAUGUUGUUGGGAAAAGGGCAUUAAAAAGUAGGGUUUUUGAACUUUCCUUCCCCACAAUGACUUCUUUGUGUCCACCUCCUGAGAAAAUAAAAACCAAAGGGGGAGUCAAGAAGAAAGGAAAAAAACCAAUAGGGUUAUAUAUUGAUGAUGUAGUUAAUGUUGUAUCAGAUGGUAAUUGUGGAUUUAGAGUCAUUUCUUCACUUCAUAGAUAUGGUGAAGAUGGUUGGCUAAUGGUUCUUCGAGACUUGGGGUUGGAAAUAAUACAUAAUGAAAGAUAA